UCAAUUCAAACUGGUUUCGAAAGCAGACUGAAGCUCAGAGCUCAGGCUGCGCCGAGAAGGGAGGUACAGACCGUACUGCACGGCCUUUUAUAUUUCGUAUGCGCACAACACCUUGAUUUGUGAAGAUGUGGACGGCUUUAGGGCAACUGCUGCUUUUACAUAUGAUACUCGUGGGUUUUUUGCUGGUAAACGGAAAUAAACCGGACUGUGAAAGCGGUCAGUUUCAAUGCAGGAACGGCAGGUGUAUCCCGACUCCAUGGAGAUGUGAUGAUGACGAUGACUGCUCGGACAACAGCGAUGAGGAGAAUUGCCCAAAAAAGACAUGUGCCACAACAGACUUUGCAUGUAAGAAUGGGCAGUGUGUCCCGGCCCGAUGGAGGUGUGAUGGAGAACCUGAGUGUCCAGAUGGUUCGGAUGAAGCAGACUCCACCUGCAGUCGACAGGCGUGUCCACCAGAGAAGUUUGACUGUGGCGGCACGACGAGCAAAUGCGUGUCAUUGUCAUGGCGCUGCGACGGAGAACAGGACUGUGAAAAUGGAGCAGAUGAGGAGCAGUGUGCUGCAGAUGCCAAGGCUUGCUCUGCUAAAGCGUUCCAGUGCCGUAACCGCCUGUGCGUGGCUUCCGCGUCCGUCUGCGACGGGGAUGAUGACUGCGGCGACGGCAGCGAUGAGGAGAAGUGCACGGCAGCCACCGCCAGCACCUGCGGGCCGCACGAGUUUCGCUGUAACGACUCGGAGUGUAUUCCAGCACCAUGGAGCUGCGACGGAGACCCCGAUUGCAAAGACAAGUCGGAUGAAUCUCUGCAGCGCUGCAGUCGCAGGACGGAGCCUCAAAAGCCCCACUGCCUGGAGGGGGAGUUCCGGUGCAGGAGUGGAGAGUGUAUUCACCUCAACUGGAAAUGCGACGGAGAUGUCGACUGCAAGGACAAGUCUGAUGAGGCCAACUGUCCUGUGCUGACCUGCCGUCCUGAUGAGUUCCAGUGUGGCGAUGGCUCCUGCAUUCACGGCACAAAACAGUGUAACAAAGUGCACGACUGUCCUGAUUUCAGCGACGAGGCUGGCUGCGUCAACAAAACCACCAAAUGUGAAGGCCCGCUGAAGUUCAUGUGUAAGAGCGGGGAAUGUAUCCAUAGCGGUAAAGUGUGUGACAGUAUCAAGGACUGCAAGGACUGGUCUGACGAGCCUGUGAAGGAGUGCGGUCUGAAUGAAUGUGCCAUCAACAAUGGCGGCUGCUCUCACAUAUGUAAAGACCGUCAGAUCGGCUAUGAGUGUGAAUGUCCCUCGGGCUACAAGCUCCUUGACAAGAAGACUUGUGGAGACAUAGAUGAAUGCGAGAACCCUGAUGUCUGCAGUCAAAUAUGUGUCAACCUCAAAGGCGACUACAAAUGUGAAUGCUACGAGGGUUACGAGAUGGACCCGGUUACCAAGACGUGUAAAGCAGUGGGUAAAAGCCCAUAUCUCAUGUUUACUAACCGACAUGAGAUUCUGCGCAUUAACCUGGUGAAGAAGGACUAUACGCAAGUAGUGCCCACCCUGAAGAACGCUGUGGCACUAGAUGUGGACGUGAGCACCAACAAGAUGUACUGGUGUGACCUCUACCAUCGCAAGAUCUUCAGUGCAUACAUCAACAAAGCCAGCGAAGCUUCUCAGCAGAUCACGCUCAUAGACACUGCGCUACAUUCCCCAGAGGGCUUAGCAGUGGACUGGGUCCAUAAGAACAUCUACUGGACUGACUCUGGAGACAAAACUAUCUCAGUCGCGACUGGUGAUGGCAAGAAAAGGAAGGUGUUGAUCUACACAGAGCUCGGGGAACCACGUGCCAUCGCUGUUGACCCACGACAAGGGUUCAUGUACUGGUCAGAUUGGGGAACGCUGGCUAAGAUCGAAAAAGCCGGAAUGAACGGAGUGGAUCGACAAGUUCUGGUUUCAGAGAGGAUCGAGUGGCCCAAUGGGAUUGCGCUCGAUCUGUCUAGUAGACGACUCUACUGGGUGGAUUCCAAGCUUCAUCUGAUCUCCAGCGUGGACCUAAAUGGAGACAACCGUAGAGUUUUGCUGUCCUCCAUGGAUCAUCUCGGACAUCCCUUUGCCCUAACUCUUUUUGAGGACCGAGUUUACUGGACCGACUUGGAGGAUGAAGCCAUCUACAGUGUAAACCGGCUGACAGGGAAUAAUGUGUCAAUGCUGGCUCAAGAUCUCAACAACCCACUGGAUGUGGUGGUGUUCCACGAGCUCCGGCAGCCUCAAGCUCCAGACACAUGCAACAUGGGAAGUCUGCCCAAUGGCGGCUGUGAGUACCUGUGCCUCAGAGCUCCUCAGAUCACAGAUCACUCGCCCAAGUACACGUGUGCCUGUCCCGACAACAUGGAACUGGGCCCGGACAUGCGCCGCUGUGUGACAGUCAAACCCAAAACAACAACUUCUGCAAGUACAACCACUACUACAACACCGGAACCUUCUACUAUUGUGACUCCUACAACCACUACUCCAGCUAUAAACACAGAUAGACCUACAACAAUCAGAACAAUCUCUAUAACUACACCUACAGCGACAGUAUCAAGUACAGCCACCACCAGCCCUACCACCACCACUCACUCCAGCUCGCAGAGUUCCACCACCACACACUCCACAGUCACUUCAACCACAGUGACCACUCAGUCCAGAACUACAGCACCAGGGAAGCGCCCAACCUCCACCCAGACGACAGCAGAUCAUAGACAGACGUCUACAACCAUCCACGGCAACAGCUUACAAGGAGCCAAUGGCAAUCUCUCUCAUCACGCUGGCAGUGGAAAUGACCACUUCCUCCUUGGUGGCAAUAUAACUGUUGCGGUUCUGGGUAUAGUCAUUCCAAUAGUUCCUAUCCUUGCCACAGUGGUCAUCGGCCUGAUGUGUACCGGAGGCUACCUGGUGUGGCGCAACUGGAGGAGACGGAACACCAAGAGCAUGAACUUCGACAACCCUGUUUACCGCAAGACCACAGAGGACGACGACGACGAAAUCCACAUCGGCCGCAGCGAGCAGAUUGGCCACGUCUACCCUGCACGCGUGGCGCUCAGUCAGGACGAUGACGGGUUCCCCUGAGGGCGAUUCUUGCACUCGCUCUCUCCUUAUCCAUCCCUGAAUCCAUGCGUCCUUUAGUCCUCCAUCUCUCCUUCCAUCGAGGAGGUCGCACGAGACAAUGCAGCAAUGCACACAGAGCCAAAAGGACACAAGAGCACUUGCUCUCCACAGCCGAGAGCUACAAACUGGGUUUGUCUUCUCGUAGUGUCUUUUUCAAACCAUAAACCCUCAGUCAGGCAAUAAUCAUUAGUUCUUAAAUUAACUACUAGCAUCAUUCCUGCUCUGUGUCAGUAGAAGUAGAUAGUGUUGUUUAAUGAUGACUAACUUCAUAGCUUGUCACAUUAGUAGUCGCUAACACUCUCCUGCUGCACUCGUGCUGUAGUUUUUUCAUUAGAAAUAGCAUUUCAAGCUGGUUUGAGUUGAUCUAUGGCCUUUGAUAUUCGAUUGUUGGGAGAGAAUUGAGAACAAUCCAUCCUGUGAGCAUGCGAGAUACAUAGAAGGAAAAUAUGAAAUAGGAUGGAGACGGGAUGUGGAAAAUUCAUAUUUGCAGACAUACUAGACACAAAUUCCACCAUGUGGCUGUUUUGCAUUCAUAUAAUCUCACAAACAAAUAAUGUAUCGCAAACAAUAAGAUUUACCUUGUAAACUUUUCUGUCCAUACUUCCAAUGACAAAACUAGUAUACUUUCAUGUCUUCCAUAGUCACUCCAGUCAGAUUUGACCCUUCUAAAAGUUCUGCAGCCACUAUUUGGAGAUGAAGGGUUUCACCUCCCAACUUUGAGAGGCAACAUAUAUUUUUUCAAUUUUUAUUUAUUUCACCAACACUGAGGCUUUCAUUUUUCUCAAGUUUCUAGAACCAACUUAAUUCUUCCUGCCCAGGCACAUUUAUAACCCCAAAACUUUAGCUCAGGACAUCAGUUUUUCUAAAAUAUUAUCAGUUAUCGCAAAAAUCUGUGUGGUUUGUUAUCACAAAAACGCUAAUAGAUACGGUAGUCAGGGUUUGAUAAUGGCUAAAAUGCUGUUUGUUCAUAUCUACAGUCUAGAUCGCUCCCUCUCAGACAGGCAAAAACACACACUCUUGCACAAAUUGCGUCUCUUCCGGGCCAACAUUCGUCAUGCCUCGGGUAAAACUCUUUAGCAUUUAGCAUGCUGACAACAAGACACCGCCUGCCAUACUGGGUGGCUUAAUGGUGUGAUAGAUUAGAGUCAUAGAUCAAAGCUUUGCUCCUCUGAACAGUCAUCUGUUCAGGAAAUGUGGAAUGCCUGAAUAUAGGCUUCCUGUACAUAUCAACUCUCCAACUCUCUCCAUUUGAUGAAUGAGCGCUUGGUUAUUUCUGUAUUGCUCUCAGAGGGGCACUGACUGAUUGAACUGAUGUAUAAAAA